AUGACAGGCUUAAAUAUUCAAGCACCUAUCCCAAUGAGGGCUAAUAAAAUUCUUGAACUAAAAAGACAAGGUAAUAAUAAGCCAAGACCAAGUGCAAGUUCAAUUAAUUUAACAUCAUUACGAAAUGAGUUUUCUCCGAAUGCUAUUCAAAGACCCCAAUCUUCAAGUCCAAGUCUUUUCAAUAUGAUGGAUUCUGAAGAAAUUUUAGAAAAACGAUUAAAACAUUAUAAUUUGGAUUUUAUUAAAGAUCCAAAAGAACAUAUGAAAAAUAUUUAUGAUCCAAAUUCAAAAUGGUUUGGUAGACAAAUUAAACCCAAUUUUAUAAUUGAAAACCAUUUACCUUACCAAACAGAGUCACAUAUUGAACAGGCUAAGUAUUUUUGCCAUAUAUUAGUUAAUCUAUAUAUUGCAAUUAGUUCUGGAGAUAUUGAAGGCUUAAUUCAAAUUUCGAGUAAAGAUUUAGCGGAAUUUAAAAACGAAAUCGAUAGUUUGGCUUUGAAGACUGACCUUUUUAGGUUAACCACCGAAGUAGAUACAGAUUUAAAUGUUCUAAAUGAUGAAAUAUUUAACGUUGAUAUGGAAACAAAUGAUUCUAAUAUAAGUUCAAGGGGUAAAAUUACUGCAAUGUCAGCAACUAUUAUUAAUGUCAACCAUUGGACAAAUGAAUUAAGAAAUUGCUUUAAUUUUGAUUUCCCCUUAAGUCUAAGAAAAUUAUUAGCAAAGGUUUAUUACUAUUUAUCUUUAGUUCAAGGCCAAGAUAUAAAUAGAUCUGGCUUUGUUGAAAUGUUUGAAUUUUUAGUUGAUAGAGACGACGAAGGUACAGAUUUUACCAUGCUAUUAAAAAAGGAUGGAUUGAUCUUAGAUUAUAAGGUAUUAGAAGAUUUCUUUAAAGACUUUUUACCAUCCCCUGACUCAGAUUAUGAUCGAUAUGAUUUAGCUACAAAAAACGAUAAUGAAUUAUUUAAAUUACUGCUAAAAUUAGGUGAUGCCGCAAAAGUAUUUUAUGAUAAUGAUGAAUCUAAAGAGAUUAUGUCGCAUAUGAUGGAUAACUUAUUGUCUGCCGUAGCUCCUUCUACUACAAGCACAAUUUUAAAAAUUAUCACGUUUGCAGUCCCUUUCCAUUAUCAUUCCAUCCAUAAAUUUACAGAUUAUUUCCCAUUCUGUUUUAGCUUAUGGUCUUCAGUAAGUCCUCAUGUUAUAAUCGAUACUCAUAUGUACGAUUUGAUGGGGGCUGUAUCAAUGGAUGCUUAUUGGAGAAUUGCGAGAAAGGAUUCCACUUUGAAUAAACAGUCUGUCAAAUUUGGAGACUUUGGUUUAUUUACUGAGGAACAAUGCACGUUCAUGUUUAAUAGACUACAAGGCCAUUUGAGAACUGAUGUUCAAAUUCAUUCUUUCACUCGUUCUAUUCGUUCGUUUGUUUAUUGCAUAAAUGGUAAAAACUCAAAACCAUUUUUUGAUAAACUAACUUCUCUAAUUCGUUCAAUAGAAACUUUUGUCCAUCCAUCCAAUGUUGGGCCUUGGACAAAACCAAUUACCCUAUUUAUUAAUAAUUUUAUUAAAUGUUACCAUGAAAGAGCAACAAAGGAGAAUUUAGAAAGAAAAAAUCCAAAUUGUAACACAGAAUACUUUUUAACUAAAGCAGACCAUACCCAUCUUGCUGAUUUAUUUCAAGGAAUUAUUGAUAUUGGUUCACAAAGUAAGAGUAAUGUUGUAGCCAGUUUUUUUAUAUCUACCUUAUCAUACAUAUUAAAUUUACAGCCAGAUAACUCCGACAAUAUAUUCAAAAAAGUGUUAUACGAAUUAUAUGAAACCUUAUCUGGUGAAUAUGUUAAUUCGAGACACAGAGUUAUAUCGUCUUUGAAAACAUUCACAAGAAUUGCAAGAUAUAUGACUGUAGAUAAAACUUUCCGUAUUCAUAUUACUCAUAUCUUAUCACUUCUAACAACUAAAAUUGACACAAAUGAUUUAGUUUUAACGAAUGCAAUUUUUAACUCCAUAAUUUCAAUCGUAACAUUUAUUCCAAUUAAGAAUAUGGUAUCAUCUGGUGAAUAUUUAACAUUUGAGUCAAAUACAUUACCAUUUAUUCAACAACAUUUCUAUUCAUUUAUGCCGAAUAAAGAUGAAAAUAAUACACCAAUAUUAGAUAAUGAAAUUUUAUUGACGACUUUUAGGGCCUCUUCCUCAAUUUUUAAGGAUAUUUUGAAGACAUAUAUUGAUAAAGUGUACUCUUUUGUUGAUAUUGACUUAGACCCUGCCGUAGUUAAUAAAAUAAAUCAAACAACAUUAAUUAUUCUAGAAUCAAUGGAUGAUGAUAUGUUUGAUUAUUUUACUAAGCAAUUUUUGAAGUUAUUCUGGGACAAUGAUGUUUUAACAACUAGUGAACCGAAUUAUGAACUUUUAACAGUUACAUUAGGAGCAUUAGUCAGAAGAAAAUCUGAUCUUUGCGAAGAAUUAACUAAACAAUUGAUGUUCCAUGUUAGAGAUCAAAUUUCAUCUGGUGCAGGGCAAUCAAGAAGUGCAACUGAAAUUAAUCAAAGAGAUAUUAAACUAGUUUUCUACCUAUCUUCUUUAAAUGAUAUUUUGAGACAAUCCCACGAAGAAAUAUUGAAAAUUGGCAAAGAAUUGAUCGAAUUUAUGAUUUAUGUGUAUGACGAAAUUAGUUCUCCACCUUUGGCUGUAAUCACCUCUAUAUUAGUUCACAGCGUUAUUUCUUCUUUAACUACAACAGAGAUUAGAAAUUUUAGAUUAUUUGAAGAGGACACGUCUUUGAGCGAUGAAGAACUUUGGGGUGGACUUCAAUUUGAUAUGCGUAGAUUUGAUGAUAAAUUCUUAAACUUUAACUGGCAUGUCCCAGUUACUUCCGAGAUUGAAUUUGCAAUUAGCAUUUUUAAAUAUAUUACAGAUUACUGCCAAGAUAAAUUAGAAAUAUUAUUAUCUAAUUCCAAAGAAGAUACUACUUCUGGUGAUGAAAUUAAAAAAUAUAUGUUAAUUUUAACCCAUUCUUUAUCUGGCGCAAGCUUAUUAUUUGACCCUGAUUAUAAUGAAAAUAAAUCUAAGAAAGAAAAUUCUAUCCUUUGCAAGGAAAAAUUAUUAUUAUUAAAAAAUUUAAGAGACAAGAAUUGUGCUACUGAUGUACUAGAUGUGGACAUAGAACAGAAUCUUUCUCAUAAGGGCGAAAACGAAUAUAUAGAAGCUCCCUCUCCUGAACGCGACAAUGGUAUUAUUGAAUUAUAUGAUCAUUCUGAUUCUAACCUUUUGUUUGACUCUGAUGAUGGAAUUUCUCAAAUUCCAUCUGGAAUUAAUACUCCUGUUCCUAGCAUAGAAAACAAUGCCAAUUCUCUCUUGAGUUCAGGUAUAGUAUUCAGAGACUUGGAUAUUUAUACUUGCAAUUAUUUCUUUGGCCUAACCAGUGAUGAGAAAAUUUUAAAUCCGUUGUACUCCAAGGUACACCAAAUUAGAACAGAUGUUGGCUUGUUAUUCCAUAAAAUAUUUACAUACUUGUUAAAGAAUCAGGAAAAUAACACUGCAGUAUUUCAAAUAUUGUUACAUGGUUUAAAAGUUUGGUUUACUGAUGUCGGCCAAGAAACUGUUUUUACGGAAGAUGCCUCAGCAUUUAUUAAUGAAGAUUUUUUCGAGAAUAUUCAAUCAAUUUCUCAUGUUGAGGAACCAUUCACAAGAACUUUAUUUGCAGUAAAGACAAACUCAUAUCAUCAAACAAGAGUUUUACUAAGAUCUACUAGCAGACGACCAUCUAGAUUGGAAAUAGGUCUUCUAAAAGAUGUACUUGAAAUGGCAACUUCAAUAUAUCCUGAUAUUCAUCGCCCCGCUCAAUCAACUUUAAUACACUGCAUGAAGCAGUUAGUAGGAUCAUUUUCUGUUAUUAUUAAAUCUAUUAUUGGCAAGUUAAAGCAAACUAUUCAAGAUAGAGAUUAUAUGAAACUCCAUGUCGUAUUAAUGGUUUUAAUGAUUAGAAAAAUCAAUAAAAGGUUAUUGACUAAUUAUACCCAUUUAGAUGAAUUAUUCUAUUUGUUAUUAGACUGCUUUGAAUUCGAUGAAAUGCAUAUUUCUUUAAAUGCUGAUCGAAUUUUAACCGACCUAGUAACAAACUUAAAGAUACCAUCUGCUGUCAGUAUCAUUGAUGAUAGGCUGUUCGAUACUUUUAGACCACCAGAUAAUUCUAUCGAUCUUCAGAUUAAAGUUGUUCAGAAAGCUAAAACUAAUAAAAGGAAAAAAUAUUUCCAAACUUUAGUUGAACUUCAAAAUAAGCUUUUGCAUAUACUAACUACUGAUUCGGUAAACUGGAAAAUAAAACUAAUUAUCAUUCGUUAUUUUUCAAAAAUUCAAUCAAAUUAUGGUAUUAAAACAGAUAAUAAAGUGGUAGAGUCAAUGUUCAAACAAACUUAUAUCAGACAUCCAGAAAUAAUUUCCCUUGUGUUGAAAUCUUUCCUAAGAAUAUUCCAAAAAAUUUUUGCCUUGGGCGAUUACGACUACAACAUUAGGGAUAUCCAUGCUUCAAAUACUGAUAUAAAUUCUGUUUAUGAAAUUGCUACAUUUGCUCCUUCUUUUCCUAAGUCAUUCGAAAAUGAAAUGAAUAAUUUUGAAAGUCCUAGCUACUUUAUUGAUAAUAAAUCUUUUGUUGGAUGGCUUUGUUGGGGACGUAAUAUCAAAGUUGUAUCAGGUUCCCAACAUACGUUUCAGUUUAAGACUGAAGAAAUGGAAGCAAUGAAAACAUUUGGAAAAUUAUUAACUUUAGAAUGGUUAAAGGAAUUUAUUGAUGAUUUGAUCCAAGAUAAUGAAGGAAAAUUUUCUUUCAGCAGUGGACAUAUUUCUUUUUUUGUAAUCUUGAUCUUUUUAAUUGAUCAAAACUAUACUACGUUAAAACUAGAAGAUUUAUUCGACCUUUGUGAAACUCAUUAUGACAAAUAUGAUAAAGCAUCUUUGAUCAUGUCUGUUCAACUAGUUGCAUCCUUUUUAUGUGCUAGUAGGUAUAUGUCUCCUGGUAUGCUACAAAAGCGAGAAAUGUUUUUAGAAUGUUUCCUACCUGAACGCUUAAGUGGCGAAAUCAAUCAAGAUUCCUUUGAUAUCUGGAGAACGCUUUGCUGGUGGAUCCCAACGGUUGUAGAUGUUAGAAGAAUACCUAUUUUCUACAAAUACUUUUCUCGUACGUCAAAAUUUUUUGAUAUUUCCUCAAAUGCAGCUGCAAACCAAGCAUAUAGGAUACUUUUACUUAAAAAUAUGAUAGGCUCUACCGAAUAUAGAUCUCCAGAUUUACAGUAUUUGGUAAAAACUCUGAUAUUUGAUCAUCCUUACCAUCAAGUCCGAGAAGCUGUUGCUCGUCUCUUUACAACAAUUAUUCAAAAUUUUAGUCAUUUCUCUAAGGAAAAUGCUAAAAAUUUGUUAACUUGUGAAAACAAAAACAUUAAUGGGUUAGGUACUCCAAUUAAAGUUAUUCCUUCAGAAUUAGAUGCGUUGAUUAAAACUCAGUUUUACGAAAUUAUUGAAGAGUUACCAAAUGUUCUUACUUUGAAACCACAAGACGUACUAAAAACAAGAUUUUAUUACUUAAGUGCCACUAUGUAUAGCUGGACGCUUGAAAUGGCCAAGGGUCCAAAUAAGGUUUUAUUAAUUCCAUAUAUUGCUGGUUUUAUUGCACCAUUUUUAAUGGAAUUGGUUAAACAUAAAGAUUUUUGUAGCUUAGCUGGAAUUGAUCCAAUGAAAGCUUAUUUAGGCAUUGCUUACAUGCCUAUCAGAAAAAAUGAUAUACCUUCUAUGAUAAACCUGACUUGCAAGUCGAAACUCAUGGUUACCUCUAACCAAAUUCGAAUCCAAUUAGGAUUUGUUCAACAUUUCUUUUCUUCUCAAUUACUUCAAUUAAACCAAGCUGAAAAAAAUGGACUAUUAAAAUAUGUUGUAGACAAUUUAUAUAAUGCAGAAUACGCCGAAGUACGUAUGAAAGCUGGUGAAGUGUUAUCUGAUAUUGUUCAUAAUUUGGGAAGAUGUGAUGCAGUAUUAGAAUUGAUCUCUGAGUUUGAUAACCUUUUGAAAGAUCAUAAGAAAAAGGAAAGACAAAUCUUAUCUAAAUCAGAUCCCAAAAUACAUGGAGCUGUGAUUGGUUUAGGGGCAAUUAUUUCUGCAUUUCCUUAUAUACUUCCUUUACCCGGAUGGAUACCAAUGCAAUUAAGUAUUCUUUCUUUAUGGGCCCGUACAAAUGGUAUUGCUGGAAGCACUGCUAAAAAUGUGAUCAGUGAGUUCAAAAAGGUUAGAACCGAUACCUGGAAAUUUGAUCAACAGGUAUUUACCCAGGAUGAAUUACAAGAUCUAGAAGGUGUUUUAUGGAGAAGUUAUUAUGCUUAG